UGGUCAGGAUCCUCUAAUGGGUGACAGUUUGGAAUAUCUGUCAUGAUGUGUGGCCCACUUCAGCUUCUGAAUGCUCACUCUCUCUUUUAUCUUCUCUCUAAUGCCAGCGUCUGAAACUCUCCCUCCCAAAACCGCUGUAAAUGGAUUUCAUCAAAACCCCAUUUCUCUCUCCUCUGCCUCUCUCACCCCCACAAAACCCUUUCCAUUUUUACCCCUUGGAAACCCCCAAAAUCCCGAAAAAACCAAUCCUCUGCUCUCUGUCAUCAGACCCUUGGACUCUCAGCAAUGGCAACAACCAAAACCCCAGAUCAAAACCCUACAGGAAAAUUCCGAAAAAGCCCCUCUCCGAUGACAACGCCCGCCGCAUCAUCCACGCCAAGGCCCGGUACCUCAGCCAGCUGCGCAAGAACCAGGGUUCCCACGCCCAGACCCCGAAAUGGAUUCGGCGGACUCCGGAGCAGAUGGCCCAGUUCUUGGAAGACGACAGGGACGGGCACCUGUACGGGAAGCAUGUCGUGGCAGCGAUACGGAUGGUGAGGAAUCUGUCGACGCGGGCGGAAGGGUCGUAUGAUAUAAGGGAAGUGAUGGGUUCUUUUGUUGCGAAGCUGACGUCCAGGGAGAUGUGCGUGGUGUUGAAGGAGCAGAAGGGGUGGCGACAAGUCAGGGAUUUCUUCGCUUGGAUGAAAUUGCAGCUAUGCUAUAGGCCCAGCGUAAUUGUCUACACAAUAGUGCUGCGGAUGUACGGCCAGGUUGGAAAGAUCCAACUUGCUGAACAGACAUUUUUGGAGAUGCUUGAAGCAGGAUGUGAACCAGAUGAAGUUGCUUGUGGUACUAUGUUGUGCACCUAUGCUAGGUGGGGACGCCAUAGAGAGAUGAUGUCAUUUUAUUCUGCCGUGCAUGUGCGAGGGAUCUUCCCAUCUGUCGCAGUGUACAAUUUCAUGAUUUCCUCUUUGCAAAAGAAAACACUACAUGGGAAGGUGAUCCAGUUGUGGAAGCAGAUGGUUGCUGCAGGGGUGGAGCCCAACCAUUUCACUUACACUAUUUCCAUAAGCUCAUAUGCCAAAGAAGGCCUCACAGAGGAGGCUUUUGAUACAUUUAAUAAAAUGAAAAAAUCGGGAUUCAUGCCUGAAGAGGUAACAUACAGCCUUCUGAUCAGCCUAGUUGCCAAACAGGGUGAUCGGGAUGAGGCAUUGGAACUUUACGAAGACAUGAAAUCUUGGGGAAUCGUACCAAGUAACUAUACCUGUGCUUCUCUUCUAAAUUUGUACUACAAAAAGGGUGAUUAUUCUAAAGCUCUCUCACUCUUCUCAGAGAUGGAGAAAAACAACAUCACUGCUGAUGAAGUCAUCUAUGGUAUACUCAUUAGAAUAUAUGGUAAGCUUGGCCUAUAUGAUGAUGCAAUGAAAACCUUUGAAGAGAUCGAGCAAUUGGGUCUUCUUAAGGAUGAGAGAACAUACGUUGCAAUGGCACAUGUUCAUCUAAAUGCUGGGAAUUAUGAGAAAGGUUUAGACAUUUUGGAGCUGAUGAGGUCUAGAAAUGUGGAGUUCUCAAGAUUUGCAUAUUGCGCAUUGCUUCAGUGUUACGCAUUUAAGGAAGAUGUGGGGUCUGCUGAAGUUACGUUUCAGGAUCUAUACAAGGCCAGCAUUCCUGAUGCCGCUUCCUGUAAUCACAUACUCAAUUUGUAUAUUCGAACUGGUUUGCUGGAAAAGGCCAAGGCAUUCAUUGUCCAGAUGAAGAAAGAUCAAAUACCAUUUGAUGAGGACCUUUACAGGACUGUCAUGAAGGUAUACUGCAAAGAGGGGAUGAUGAGCGAUGCUGAAAAACUAUCAGCAGAGAUGGAAAGUGUUGGGCUGGGUGCGGAUAAGUUCGUACAGACAUCUUUGAUGGCCAUGUAUGGAGAAUGUGGAAGCCUUCAGCAGGCAGAGGACACAUUCAAGGCAUUUGAGCAGCCUGACAUUGUGGCUCUUGGUCAGAUGCUUACUUUGUAUUUAGCAAACGGAGAUGCCCUGAAGGCUAGUCGAAUGCUGAAAUCUCUGCUGGAGAAUGCAGGUGGCUUGUCAGUAGCCAGCCAACUCAUCAGCAAGUUUACCAAAGAAGGUGAUAUAUCUAAAGCUGAGUCUCUCUAUCAUCAAGUAAUCAGCCUAGGUUGCCAGCCUGAGGAUGCAGCAAUAGCUUCUCUUAUUAGUUUCUAUGGAAGACGGCAGCAGCUGAGACAAGCCCAAGAAGUGUUUGGAGCAGUGUCAGCUUCCCCUCCAAUUGGAAGGCCUGUAUAUAGGUCUAUGAUUGCUGCCUACACAAAAUGCAGUAAACCGGACGAAGCAAGCCACCUUUACAGAGAAAUGGUUGAGCAAGGGCAUAAUCACGAUGCUGUUACUAUCAGCAUUAUCAUGAAUGCUUUGACAAACUAUGGCAAGUACCAAGAGGCAGAAAAUAUUAUCCAUACCAGUUUUCAGGGUGGCGUGGAGCUUGAUACUGUUGCAUACAAUACCUAUAUCAAGGCAAUGCUAGAAGCAGGUAAGUUGCACUUCGCUGCCAGCAUAUAUGAUCGUAUGAUUUCUUCAGGCACCGCUCCUUCAAUUCAGACAUAUAGCACUAUGAUUAGUGUAUAUGGCCGAGGUGGAAAGUUGGACAAGGCUAUUGAGAUGUUCAGCAUGGCAUGCAGCUCGGAUGUCGUGGUUGAUGAGAAAGCAUAUACUAACAUGAUUCUCUAUUAUGGUAAAGCUGGUAAGAGUGAAGAGGCUUCCCUUCUAUUUAGCAAGAUGCAAGAAGAAGGAAUUAGGCCUGGAAAGAUCAGCUACAACACCAUGAUCAAUGUCUAUGCCACCACAGGACAUCAUCUCGAAGCGGAGAAGGUUUUUGAGUCCAUGAAGAGGGAUGGCCAUGCUCCGGAUUCCUUCACCUACCUUGCACUUGUUCGAGCAUAUUCCAAGAGCCAGAAAUAUUUGGAAGCGGAGGAGAUUAUUCACACGAUGCGGAAGGAAGGUAUCCACCCUUCCUGUGCUCAUUUCAACCAUCUCCUGUCCGCUCUCACAAAGGCAGGAUCAAUGAAUGAUGCAGAAAGAGUUUAUAUAAAUAUCACGGAAGCUGGUUUGAGUCCCGAUCUACUGUGUUAUCGAUCAAUGCUGAGGGGUUAUAUGGACUAUGGAUAUGUUGAUGAAGGGAUCUCAUUCUUUGAACAUAUUAAUGGGUCUGUAAAACCAGACGGGUUUCUUCUAAGUGCGGCUGUUCAUCUUUACAAGUCUGCAGGCAAGGAAUUCAAAGCAGGGGAUGUUUUGGAUUUCAUGAAUAGGGAGGGAGUCGUAUUUCUGAAAAACCUGACAGUUGGAUCUAAAGUACAAACCAUUUGACAUCUAUGAAAAACCUGACAGUUGGAUCUAAACUAUAAACCAUUUGACAUCUACGGUGGAGAAAGUUGUGGCUUAGAAUCCGGAAUGCUGUCUGAGGUGGUUCCUGGAAGUGUUCAUGAGAGGGACCCAAAAGUCGAAGGUAGCGAAGCCAUGUUCUGCAAUGCACCAUGAUUAUGAUGAUGGUUGCAGUGUUGCCAAGGACGUUGAGAACCGAAAGGACAACAAGAAUUGCUAUGGUGAGAAUCAAAACAACAACCUACCUAUCACUUGCUGCCUAUUUGGGUGCUUAUUUCACAGCUGAUAGCAAUGACAUCAGUGUAUGCAUUUUUCAGUCACAGCAGUGACACAGUUCACAGAUGGAAUCUCACAAAGAUGAGGAGGUGAUGAUAGAAUUAAAGAUGGUGGCAUCCUUGAUUGCAUUACAAAUAAUUAUAGAUCACAAUGAUGUGAUGUAACAUGGCUGGAUAUGAUGGGGUGACAAUAUGAUGAGGAAGGUAGCAUGGAUGGAUAUGAUGAGGUGAUCGAAACAACAACGUAUUUCAAUAGCAUAAGCAUGAUAGAGCGCUGGAUCAAGCACAACGAAAAUGACAUGUUUUGGUGAUGCUGUAUUGUGGAGCAUCGUUUAUGCAUUAUUUCUAAUGAUGUGGGGGAUACAGGGUACGGUUGAAGGUAAUAUCAGCUUCACCAAGGAGAUAUAAAGGGUACAGUUGAAGGUAAUAUCAGCUUCGCCAAGGAGAUAUGAAGGGCAGUGCAAAGGGUUGGAGCAGUCACAAGGCAUUUCAAAUUUGUCAGAAA